UCUCCUUGCAGCUGAUAGGGAGUGAAAGAACAGGUUCGGGAUAUUUACCUUGUAUUAUAAGUAAUUUGUAACACCAUACAUAAACGGGAGAUUCCCGUAGAUCAUAGUUUUAUCUAAGUUUAAAUUAUUUAUUGUAUUCGAUUGUGGUACAGUUCUUCGUUUGAGGACAUGUCUCUGUCAGGAAGUUAUCAGAAACCGGUAGUGCAGUAGCUAGCUAUCUAAAGCUUUCGCCGGCGGCGUACAGUCAGGCGGACCUCUUUGUCUGACUGGAGGAGCGUGUUCUUUUGUUUGGCAUUUUCUUUGUUUGGUAGUCUAAAGUGAACUCUGGGACCAGCGUUUCUCCACAGACGUUCUUCCUAAAGUGUGAAAAAGAUGCAAAACGUGAAGAAAUACUUCACAGAAGGACUGAUCCAAUUUACGAUCUUACUCAGUUUGAUCGGAGUUCGCGUGGAUGUCGACAGUUACUUGAACGGCUCCUACUCACCGCUAGAGAUUAGCGACGGUCCUAGCUCAGCCUACAUCCAGACACCGUUUCACAGUUUGAGGGACAACUGGGACGGGUACAGCGUGCACCCCAAAUGUCCCGAGUUGGAUUAUUUCUUCGCCUGCCGUCGGCUCCUGGAUGAGGUGAGGGCGCUUGGGUCGCCCAUCCGGUUCCCGACGCAGCUGAGCGCGUGGCUCGUACACCAAGUACCUGACAGCUCUGAGUCCAGAGAGCCACCAAAUAGCACGAGUAACAGUAAUGUUAGCGCGGGGCUGUUGUCAGAGAGUACCGGGGAAGAGGCCAACGACACUGAACUUCUCGCCGUCGACGAAAGCCAUACUGCCGCCCAGCUAAGUGAGCCGGGGCCUUAUCCCAGCACUGGAGCCUGCGAGAUACCCAAUGAGGAGGUUGAGGAACUGAAGGGGCGGAUCCAAGAGUAUGGUGAUGAAGGCAGAGAGGAACCUGUUUCCCUGACCCAGCUGGCUCUCAGUUCCACACUAGAACAUGAGGGAUUGUUAAGUAGCGGAGCCCCUCUCUCCAGCUCUGAGGACCCCCACCCCCCUGACAUCGACCAGCACUGGAGCCAAUUCCUGUCCCUACCGAUCUAUGAAUUUGACGAUUUAGACCCACUGGUUCCUCAGCAGCUGUCUGACCUUGACGCCGACAUCUCCAGCGCCAUCAGCCAGGAUGUCAGUCUCCGCGAUGCCAUGGUAACAGGCUCCGUCUACGACAUGAUCCCCCCGAGGGGUGGAGUCAGGACACUGGUGGCACGGCAACCAAGAGGGCCCCUCUUCCGACUCGUGUCCGCAAACUCCUCCAACUCGUCGCCUGGUACGACCACAGGGCUGGCUGCACUACCGAACGUUGCGGUGGUCAACGGAACACGAAAUGGGUCAUCGUCCCAUGGUGCACUGGAAGGCUGUUUGGAUGAGGCAGUGUUUGACCAAAUUAACCUCCUGGGGCUGGAUGGCUGCUUGGAAACCAUGGACGCCCAGCUGCUGGGGAUUCUACAGGGCAUGGACCCUCGUGUCCUGGAGGACCUCGACUCAGACUCCGGUCUUUCCCUGGAGAGCAGCUCUCGAGGCCCAGACUCCCCAAGUGCAUCUGAGGUGUCGUCAUCGUCUUCCAGUUCGUUUUUUGAGGACGAGGGUGGGGCUACGGGCUACAGCAGUGAGGUGGACUCCCUCCCCUCCAAGAGCAUUGCCAACUACCACACAUGGUCGCCUGUGGAUUUCAGCGAGAGCGUGUGGCACGACCACAGCUACUCCUCCACAGCCUUCUCCCAACCGUCAGCCACCACUUUCCCCCACAAAGCCAUCAAAGAGGAGCCUUUCAGCGAUGAAGACGGGGAAGAUGACGAAGCCCGGGAGCUUAGCCGCGACGAACUCCGCACCCGGGCCCUGCGUGUCCCGUUCUCGGCGGCGGAGAUCGUCAGCAUGCCCGUAGAGGAGUUUCUGGAGCUCCUGGAGGUUCAUGGCCUCUCGCCCACCCAGGUUGCCUUCCUGAGGGACAUCAGGCGGCGAGGGAAGAACAAGCUGGCGGCUCAGAACUGUCGCAAGCGCAAGCUGGAUGCUAUCACGGGGCUCCAGGAGGAGGUGGAGAGGCUGCAGGCCCAGAGGAGCAGGCUGCUCAGGGAGAGGCAGCACACGGCCAAGGCUCUUGGUGCCGCAGGCCAGCGCAUGGAGCACCUCUCCAGGGACAUAUUCUCCAGGCUGAGGGAUGGCUCAGGACGACCCCUGACCCCAGAGAGAUACACCUUGCAGUGCGAGGCCAACGGGAGGGUCGUGGUGCAGCAUAUCAGGCGGCCUAGUGUUGCCACGACAACAGCUGGUGGUAAACCGGACAAAAGGAAGAAGGAGAAGAAGCCUUGAUGCAGCAUGGGCUGCUGGUACUUGAUACUUUUUAAGGGGUGUUAUUGUUUUUUUCUGAACUUACAGUCCAGAUUCUGGUCUUGUGACUGUUUCCGGAUCUUUCUCUUCCUCCUUUUCUGGACUCUUUGACCUUGGGAGCCUAAAAGAGCAGAAACGUAUGUUAAAUAAAUACACCCAAAAACAUACAUUUAAAUACAAAUAUUAUAGAACGUGUGAAUGGAGUUUUUUUUUUCUAGAAAAACAAUUGUACCUCAAACACUGGACUCUUAACUUUUUCCUCACUAUGUAAAGGAAAGGUUUGUAUUAUCUUUAAAGCAUUUCUUACAAGGAGGAUAUAUUGUUGUCCUGAGGAUGUCAGGCUGCAGUAUCAUUUGUAUAAUUCCUACAAAAAUCAAUUGUAGGCCAGUUAAAAUGAAAAACAGAACGCCAAUUCUAUAUCUUAAAGGGACCCUUUGGGAUUUUGGCAAUGAGGCCAUAUAUCUACCUGAGAAAAUAAAAUAAAUCUACUUCCCCAUAGUCAGACCAGCUCGUGGAUACCAUGUGUAUGUCUGUGUCCUGUAUGAAGGACGUUAGAGGUAGUUUCACAAGCCAUUGCUUACUAGUGUUAGCUCAAUGACUGGAAGUCUAUACUAACAGAUACCCAUAGACUAGUUAGCAAUUACUCUAGAGCUAGUUAGCAACUCAUUUCAAACUGCACGCAAACACAUAGAUGCUAUCCACAAGUUCAUCCGACUGGGGAAGUAGAUAAAAGGCUUCAUUGCCAAAAUCCUGAAGUACCCCUAACUUCAACUCGGUAUCUAUUGAUAAAGAUUUCAAAGAUUCUGACCUAUGUUCCCUCAUAGACCUUAGUUCUGGAGUUUUAAGUUGAAAUGUUUCUAAACUCAAUCUAACUGGCGAUAUGUUAGACAUGUCAUUUGAAAGGCCUUAUUUUAAUUUGGAAUCAUGUUUUGAUAGUUGUGUAUUGGUGAAACAUGGCUAUUGCUUUAUGUGUGAUCAAUUUUUGUAUGUUUAAAAAAACUAAUCUAAAUAACAAUUUUUUUGAAGCGCUGUAUGCUUUUCUCCUCUGAUAUUAUGAAGCAGGGCUUUGACUCUGAUGGUUUUCAUUCUACCUCAACUACAGCAGAUUUAUAUGGAUGGUUUGGGCAGAUUGUAGGAGAGACCAUUUUUUUUUAUUGCAUGGGGAGAGGGUUGGUUGAGGAACAAAAGUGCACCCAAGUCACUGCAAAUGCUUCACUGUAGUAGUUCAAUGUUGAUGAUGAUAACUGAUGUAACCGUCAUCCAUUAAUGAAGCAAUGCAUUCACCUGCUUUUGUGUUCAGAAGUAUAGUAUGCUUGUAUGUAUGUUUAUAUUAUUUGAGAAUUACUUUGAGAAUUACUUUGAGAGAUUGAAGAAAAGUGUAGUGGAAGAUCAAGCAGGAAAAAACACUGUACAGAGUUCUACAAGAAACAGACUGAGGUAGGCUAUAGUACCUACUUCAAGCAAUUGAAAGCACCUAUUCAGUUGUCCUUUUAUUUAGAUGAAUAUUGAAAAUGUUCUUUACACUUCAGAAAUUAGUUUUGCCUUGGACAAAACCAAUCAUAUUCUAAGAUACACUGAACAGUUUUAUAUUUUUCAUUUUCUAUUUAUUUUUUUCUUAGUCACUUCUAUGUUGUUUUUUAUUUUUUUUGCUGUGUGGGAGUAAAUGAGGCUGAAUUAAUUUUUACAAAUCCUUAAUUUGUUUGACCAUACAAUAUACACUAUAUAUACAACAGUAUGUGGACACCCCUUCAAAUGAGUGGAUUCGGCUAUUUCAGCUGUACCCGUUGCUGACAGGUGGAUAAAAUCGAGCACACAGCCAUGCAAUCUCCAUAGUCAAACAUUUACAGUAGAAUGGCCUUACUAAAGAAUUAAUUUCAACAUGGCACUGUCAUGGGAUGUCACCUUUCUGCCCUGCUAGAACUGCCCCGGUCAACUGUAAGUGCUGUUAUUGUGAAGUGUAAACGUCUAGGAGUAACAACGGCUCAGCCGGGAAGUGGUAGGCCACACAAGCUCACAGAACAGGACCGGUGAAUCGUGUAAACCUGCACCCAAGCCUAAAAUCACCAUGUGCAAUGCCGAGAGUUGGCUGGAGUGGUGUAAAGCUUGCUGCCAUUGGAGCAAUGGGAACACGUUCUCUGGAGUGAUGAAUCAUGCUUCACCCAUGGCAGUCUAACGGACAAAUCUGGUUUUGGUGGAUGCCAGUCAAACGCUACCUUCCCAAAUGCAUAGUGCCAACUGUGAAGUUUGGUGGAAGAGGAGUAAUAAUUAUAGACGAUUCUGUGCUUCCAACUUUGUGGCAACAGUUUGGGGAAGGGUCCUUUCCUGUUUCAGCAUGACAAUGCCCUCGUGCACAAAGUGAGUUCCAUGCAGAAAUAGUUUGUUGAGAUUGGUGUGGAAGAACUUGACUGGCCUGCGCAGAGCUCUGAUCGCAACCCCUUUGGGAUGAAGUGGAAUGCCAACUGGGAGCCAGGCCUUAUCGUCCAACAUCAGUACCCAACCUCACUAAUGCUCUUGUGGCUGAAUGGAAGCAAGUCCCUGCAGCAAUGUUCCAACAUCUAGUGGAAAGCCUUCCCAGAAGAGUAGAGGCUGUUAUAGCAGCCAAGGGGGGACCAAAGCCAUAUUAAUGCCCAUGGUGUUGGAAUGAGAUGUUCAACGAGCAGGAGCAUAUAUAUAUAUAUAUAUAUACAUACACACACACACACACACACACACACUCUACCGGUCAAAAGUUUUAGAACACCUACUCAUUCAAGGGUUUUAAAUUAUUUUUAGUAUUUUCUAUAUUGUAGAAUAAUAGUGAAGACAAACUAUGAAAUAAAACAUAUGGAAUCAUGUAGUAACCAAAAGUGUAAAAAAAAUGUAAAUAUAUUUUAUAUUAGAGAUUCUUCAAAUUGCCACCUUUUGACUUGAUGACAGUUGUGUACACUCUUGGUAUUCUCUCAACCAGCUUCAUGAGGUAUACCUUGUUAAAAGUUCAUUUGUGGAAUUUCUUUCCUUAAUGCGUUUGAGCCAAUCAAUUGUAUUGUGUGUGACAAGGUAGGACGGGUAUACAGAAGAUAGCCCUAUUUGGGAAAAGACCAAGUCCAUGUUAUGGCAAGAACAGCUCAAAUAAGCAAAGAGAAACGACAGUUCAUCAUUACAUGAAGGUCAGUCAAUACAUAACAUUUCAAGAACCAUCAAGCGCUAUAAUUAAAUUGGCUCUCAUGAGGACCGCUACAGGAAUGGAAGACCCAGAGUUAACUCUGCUGCAGAGGAUAAGUUCAUUAGAGAUACCAACCUCAGAAAUUGCAGCCCAAAUAAAUUCUUCACAGAGUUCAAGUAACAGACACAUCUCAAAAUCAACUGUUCAGAGAUUGUGAAUCAGGCCUUCAUGGUCAAAUUGAUGCAAAGAAACCACUACUAAAUGGCACCAAUAAGAAGAGACUUGCUUGGACCACCAGCAAUUGAAACGCCAGCAAUUGACAUUAGACCUGUGGAAAUUUGUCCUUGGGAGAUUUUUGGUUCCAACCGUCGUGUCUUUGUGAGAUGCGGUGUGGGUGAUCGGAUGAUCCCCCGCAUGUUUAUUUGCCACCGUGAAGCAUGGAGGAGAGGUGCUUUGCUGUUGACACAGUCAGUGUUUCAUUUAAAUUCAAGGCACACUUAAGCAACAUGGCUACCACAGCAUUCUUCAGCGAUACGCCAUCCUAUCUGGUUUGGGCAUAAUAAGACUUAUCAUUUGUUUUUCAACAGGACAAUGACCCAACACACCACCAGGUUUUGUAUGGGCUAUUUUACCAAGAAGGAGAGUGAUGGAGUGCUGCAUCAGGUGACCUGGCCUCCAAAAUCCCCCGACCUCAACCAAAUUGAGAUAAUUUGUAAUGAGUCGGACCGCAGAGUGAAGGAAGAGCUGGUUGAGAGAAUGCCAAGAGUGUGCAGAGCCGUCAUUAAGGCAAAGGGUGGCUCUUUGAAGAAUCUCAAAUAUAAAAUAUAUUUUGAAUUUCAGAACACUUUUGGUUACUACAUGAUUUCAUAGGUGUUAUUUCAUAGUUUAUGUCUUCACUAUUAUUCUACAAUGUAGAAAAUAGUAACAACAAAGAAAAACCCUUGAAUGAGUAGAUGUUGUGAAAUUUUUUGACAGUGUGUGUAUAUAAAAUAUAUAUAAACUCAGCAAAAAAAGAAACGUCCUCUCACUGUCAACUGCGUUUAUUUUCAGCAACUUAACAUGUAAAUAUUUGUAUGAGCAUAACAAGAUUCAACAACAGACAUAAACUGAACAAGUUCCACAGACAUGUGGCUAACAGAAUUGAAUAAUGUGUCCCUGAUCAAAGGGGGCGGGGGGGUCAAAAUCAAAAGUAAAAGUCAGUAUCUGGUGUGGCCACCAGCUGCAUUAAAGAUUUGCCAGUUCUUGCUGGGAGAUGUUACCUCCCUCUUCCACCAAGACACCUGCAGGUUCCUGGACAUUUCUGGGGGGAAUGGCCCUAGCCCUCACUCUAAUCCAACAGGUCCCAGACGUGCUCAAUGGGAUCUGUAGCUCAGUUGGUAGAGCAUGGCGCUUGUAACGCCAGGGUAGUGGGUUCGAAUCCCCGGGACCACCCAUACGUAGAAUGUAUGCACACAUGACUGUAAGUCGCUUUGGAUAAAAGCGUCUGCUAAAUGGCAUAUAUUAUAUUAUUAUUAUUAUUAUUUAGAUCCCAGUUCUUCGCUGGCCAUGGCAGAACACUGACAUUCCUGUCUCGCAGGCAAUCAUGCACAGAAUGAGCAGUAUGGCUGGUGGCAUUGUCAUGCUGGAGGGUCAUGUCAGGAUGAGCCUGCAGGAAGGAUACCACAUGAGGGAGGAGGAUGUCUUCCCUUUAACGCACAGCGUUGAGAUUGCCUGUAAUGACAACAAGCUCAGUCCGAUGAUGCUGUGACACACCGCCCCAGACCAUGACGGACCCUCCACCUCCAAAUCAAUCCCGCUCCCGAGUACAGGCCUCGGUGUAAUGCUCAUUCCUUCGACGAUAAACGCGAAUCCGACCAUCAUCCCUGGUGAGAUAAAACCGCAACUCGUCAGCGAAGAACACUUUUUGCCAGUCCUGUCUGGUCCAGCAACUGUGGGUUUGUGUCCAUAGGCAACGUUGUUGCUAGUGAUGUCUGCUGAGGACCUGACUUACAACAGACCUACAAGCCCUCAGUCCAACCUCUCUCAGUCUGAGCACUGAUGGAGGGAUUGUGGUUUCCUGGUGUAUCUCGGGUAGUUGUUGUUGCCAUCCUGUACCUGUCACGCAGGUGUGAUGUUCGGAUAUACCGACCCUGUGCAGGUGUUGUUACACGUGGUCUGCCACUGCGAGGACGAUCAGCUGUCCGCUCUGUCUCCCUGUAGUGCUUUCUUAGGCAUCUCACAGUACGGACAUUGCAAUUUAGGUCCCUGGCCACAUCUGCAGUUCUCAUGCCUCCUUGCAGCAUGCCUAAGGCACGGUCACGCAGAUGAGCAGGGACCCUGGGCAUCUUUCUUUUGGUGUUUUUCAGAGUCAGUAGAAAGGCCUCUUUGGUGUCCUAAGUUUUCAUAACUGUGACCUUAGUUGCCUACCGUCUGUAAACUGUUAGUGUCUUAACGACCCUUUCCACAGGUGCAUGUUCAUUAAUUGUUUAUGGUUCAUUGAACAAGCAUGGGAAACAGUGUUUAAACCCUUUACAAUUACGCUAUGUGAAGUUGUUUGUAUUUUUACAAAUGAUCUUUGAAUGACGAUCCUGAAAAUGGGACGUUUCUUUUUUUGCUGAGCUUAGUUGUUGCUCAACUGGGAUUGAUUGUGUUAAAAGCUGUAUGGGGAAGGAUAUGAAACUGAAGCGACUUAAAUUUCAUUUUUCUAAGAGCACUAAUGAUGUUCUUGGUGACAUGAUUCUUUCCUAAGAAAAAAAUUAAAUUUAAAAAAUUAUUAAGUUGCC